CAGGGAGAGGGAGGUACAGAUCCAGAGACAGGGGCUGGGCUGCCUAGACUCAGUGCUAACUGCUGCUUUCGCUGGUGUGUGCUCAACAAGGAAUAUCGCCCAGAGGGAAGCCGCUGAACCAUGUUGUGUUCCCUGCUGCCGGGCGCCGUCCACCUCCUGAUCCUUUUAAGUUUGGGCGGCGAGUCCCUGUCCAGGGAAGUUUGUUCGGGAAUUGAAAACAAACUAAAUUUAUUGGCAACUGCAGAUAACCAUUACAACAGUCUUCGCAGAACCUACAGUGGUUGUGAAGUAGUGAUGGGCAACCUAGAGAUAACCUUUGUACAGCCACACCAUGAUGUUUCGUUCCUUAAGAGUAUUCAGGAAGUUUCAGGUUAUGUCCUCAUAGCCCUCAACAAAAUUUCAACAAUCCCACUGGAGAAUCUUAGGAUCAUCAGGGGUCACCAGCUUUAUGAAGACAAAUAUGCCCUUGUUAUUUUGUCAAAUAAUGAUCAGGAAAAGAAAUUUGGACUUACUGAGUUACCGUUGAGAAAUCUUACAGAAAUUUUAUCUGGCAGCGUGAAUAUCAUUUCUAACCCAUACCUUUGUUACGUGAAAUCCAUUGAAUGGGCUGACAUUUUGGACGAAAGCAUGGUGUCUGAAAUGGCAAUUAACUUCACUGCAAAAAAUUGUUCAAAGUGUCACCCAGAUUGUCAAAAUGGAGCCUGCUGGGGUCCAGGUUUAGAGAACUGUCAGAAAUUCACAAAAAAAAUCUGCGCUCAGCAGUGUUCAGGUCGAUGUAGAGGUAAGAAUCCUAGUGACUGCUGCCACACUCAGUGUGCUGCUGGAUGCACUGGUCCGAGAGAAUACGAUUGUCUGGCAUGUCAGAGGUUCAGAGAUGGAGAUACCUGCAAAGAAUCAUGUCCUCGUUUGGAAAUCUACGAUACACGCACGUAUCAGCUGAAACCCAACCCAGAUGGGAAAUACAGCUUUGGAGCGACCUGUGUGAAGAAGUGUCCCCAUAACUAUGUGGUAACAGACCUCGGCUCUUGUGUUCGAACCUGCAGCCCUCGUACAUAUGAAGUAGAUGAAGGGGACCAGAGAAAGUGUAAAAAAUGUGAUGGACCUUGUCCAAAAGAUUGCAAUGGAUUAGGAACUCCAGCAUUCAAGGGUGCAAUCUCAAUCAAUUCUUCAAAUAUUGAUUCAUUUAAAAACUGUACCAAAAUUAAUGGAAAUGUCAUCUUUUUAUCAGUGGCUUUCAAAGGUGAUUCCUUCACAAAUACGACUCCCAUGCCUCCAGAAAAGCUGGAAGUCUUCAGAACAGUGAAAGAAAUAACAGGGUAUUUGUUUAUUCAAAAUUGGCCAGACAAGUAUAAGAAUCUUCAAGUUUUUGAAAAUCUUGAAAUUAUACGAGGCCGAACACAACAUCGUAGUAGCAUAUCACUUGCUUUGGUGAACCUGAACAUUACUUCUCUGGGAUUGCGUUCACUCAAGGAGAUUAGUGAUGGUCAAGUAAGCAUCUUCAAUAACUCGAAACUCUGCUACGUUGAAACCAUACAAUGGAAGAAACUUUUCAAAUCUAACAGACAGUCCUUGAAAAUAACACCAAAUAAACCUAAGACACAAUGCAUCGCUGAAAAUAAAGUCUGCCAUCCACUAUGUUCGGACGAUGGUUGUUGGGGCCCUGGACCCUCUCAGUGCUUCUCCUGUCGCCAUUAUGAACGUGGAAGGGAGUGUGUUGGGAAGUGCAACGUUAAUGAGGGGGAGUUAAGAGAGUAUGAGGAUCAACGCAGAUGCAUCCAGUGUGACUCAGAAUGUAAACCUCAGAAUGGGUCCGUAACCUGUACUAGUUCUGGCAAUGAGAACUGUGUUGAAUGUGCUCAUGUUAAAGAUGGCCCACGCUGUGUAAGCAGUUGUCCCUCUGGAAUCUCAGGAGAAAAUAAUACCUUGGUUUGGAAAUACACUGAUGAGAAUAAACACUGUCAGCUAUGUCACCCAAAUUGCACCCAAGAAUGCAAGGGACCAAGACUUGAGGAUUGUGAACCUGUUGGGUCUCGCAUUCCAUCCAUUGCUGCUGGAAUUGUCAGUGGCCUUCUUGGUUUGGUUGUGGUGGCCUUAUUGAUUGCAAUAUGCAUGAGGAGGAGACAUGUCAGAAAGAAACGUACCUUGCGACGCUUGUUACAGGAGCGAGAGCUGGUUGAGCCACUAACCCCGAGUGGAGCUGCUCCCAAUCAGGCCCUUCUCAGGAUUCUUAAAGAGACAGAAUUCAAGAAAAUUAAAGUGCUGGGUUCUGGAGCAUUUGGCACGGUGUACAAGGGCUUGUGGAAUCCAGAGGGGGAAAAUGUCAAAAUCCCCGUAGCCAUUAAAGUGUUGAGAGAAGCAACUUCCCCAAAAGCUAAUAAAGAAAUCCUUGAUGAAGCGUAUGUAAUGGCUAGUGUCGACCAUCCCCACGUCUGCCGACUCCUGGGUAUCUGUCUCACUUCGACGGUUCAACUCGUAACACAGUUGAUGCCUUUUGGCUGUCUGUUGGAUUACAUGCGAGAAAACAAAGAACAUAUUGGUUCCCAGUAUCUUCUCAACUGGUGUGUGCAGAUAGCAAAGGGAAUGAGCUAUUUGGAAGAGCGAAGGUUGGUACAUCGGGACUUAGCAGCGCGGAAUGUUCUGGUAAAGACACCACAUCACAUUAAAAUUACAGACUUUGGACUUGCCAGGCUCCUGGAUGUGGAUGAAAAAGAAUACCAUGAAGAUGGUGGCAAGUUACCCAUUAAAUGGAUGGCACUAGAGUCGAUCCUCCAAAGGACGUUUACCCAUCAGAGUGACAUCUGGAGUUAUGGUGUAACUGUUUGGGAACUAAUGACAUUUGGGUCUAAGCCUUACGAUGGAAUUCCUGCCUGUGAAAUCCCAUCUAUCUUGGAAAAAGGAGAACGGUUGCCACAGCCUCCUAUCUGUACAAUUGAUGUAUACAUGAUCAUGGUAAAAUGUUGGAUGAUUGAUGCAGAAAGUCGGCCUAGAUUCCGUGAGCUGACCUCUGAAUUCUCCCGAAUGGCCCGAGAUCCAUCACGUUACCUUGUAAUUCAGGGUGAUGAUCACAUGCAUCUACCAAGUCCAACAAAUUCACGAUUUUAUCGCACCAUAAUGGAAGAGGAAGAAAUGAAAGAUAUUGUGGAUGCCGAUGACUAUCUUGUUCCUCACCCAGGAUUCUUCAAUAGUCCUUCCACAUCAAGGACACCCCUAUGUCCAUCAGUGAGUCAGACAAGCAACAACUCAUCAACAUUAAUUCCCAGAAAUGGCCAUCAAGGAAUGCCCAAAAGAGAAGACAGUGAAAUUUUACGCUAUAGCUCUGAUCCAACAAUGCCCCCUGAUCAUAUUGACAUAAAUGGAUGCUUCCAACCAGCCCCAGAAUAUGUCAAUCAAAUUAGCGAUAAACCACUUCCUAACACCGUGAGAAGCCCAGCCUCUGAUAUGGAAAAUCCCGGCUACCAAGAGCUCUUUAUUCCUCUCAACCAGAAUGGCAGGCUUCAAAAUUCUAGUGAACCAGCUGACACUGACAGAGUGAAAACCUCGGAGUAUGUGAACACCUUCCAGCCCAGUAACAAAGUGGUUCUUCAGCAUCCAAAUCACUGGGACCAAAACAUGACCCGCAACGUAAGCCUGGACAAUCCCGAAUACCAGCAGAAUCUUUUUCCUAAACAUACAAAGGUGAAUGGUCACAUUUUUAAUACUGCAACUGAAAAUCCAGAGUAUCUUGGUAUUGCAGUGCCACCCACAGGUCAAAAGAAUUCCACAGUAUGACAUUCUACAAAUAUGACAAUUUUUCCACAUCAGCUGUUGACCCAACAGUGUGGUGACGUUGAUGUGCAUCUAUGCUCGGGUACAGUUACAGAUAUUUCUAUGGAUGAAACUGGGACAACGAGACAAUGUGAAUAUUUUCUCCUAACUAAAACAAGUCAUUAAGAUAUUACUGGUGAUGGAACUUUACUUUGACAAUUUAAGUUAGGUUUAAGCAACCUAGAAAUGAAAUAGAUUAUAGUUUUAUUCAGUAGCAUUCCAGUUUUGUAUUUUUUAUCACUACAUUGCAUCUUUGAUAUGUGUGUGCAUAAUGUGUAAAGUUUCAAGUAGAAUCACUUUUAUCCCAGAAAGCAGAAACUGGUGCACCAUUGUCAGGGUUUUGAUUCACCAUAUCCCCUCCAUAUAGCUGAAUGUAAUCUUCUCAUCACAAUGCCUGCAUAUUUAUGUCAUGCAAAUGAUUUAGAUUUGAAAGUUUUAAAACAUUUUACCUUAGUUUUUCCAAGAAAAUAUUAAACAUAGCAUCCGAGCAAUGUGUAUGGUUAUGUGAUAUGGAUAAAUAGCACAAGAGUCGAACUGUGCUGGUUAUCAUUGUGAGAAAUAACAAAGAUGGUCAAAAUGUGAAAUGAGCAAAGUAUCAAUGAUGGGUUUCCUUGUAUGUUAUUCAUGCUAAUUUUUCUCAUUAAUUUGCUUAGACUGUAUCUUCAAACUGUCACUAACCUUCAUGAUGUCUCAAUUUGCUUGCUCUUUCACCUUUCCUGACUCAAUUUGCUUUUUUGAAAACUGUUUUGAGGAUCGCCUAUGACUGUGAUUAAGUACAACAUUAACUUAAACUUCACCUGUUUCCCAACCAUCAAUGAAAAGAAAGUUACUCUUUAGUCUACAUUGUUUCAAAUUAAUAUUAUGAUCUUCAAGCUUAUUUUUUGUUGCCCGAGUCCUCAUUGCAAGGUGAUGUCUUGAAGACGAGGUUCUGAAAUGUGACAGUUGAUUAUUAAUUAUGAUCAUUCGCAGAAUUGUUACACCCGCAGAAGGAGGCCAUUCGUCCCAUCAAUACCUGUAUCUGUUCUAGAUUGAAUCAAAUUUAUUAAUGCAGUAACAGUAAAGCAUUUCAGGUACUGAUGGCCUGAAAUAAAACAGAAAAUGCUGGAAACUCAAUGAAUGUCAGAGAAUAUCUGUGUAGAUAUGUUAACUAUCUUCACAAAUCUUCUGACCCUUCAGCUCAACCUUUAACUCCAUUUCUUUCUCGAUCUGCACAGAUGCUUUUUGUCCAAUUGAAUAUUUCCUUUUAUUUGCUUUUUUUAAAUACGUAUCACUUUUUAUCUAUGAUUUAUCUGUAAAGAGUAGUUUUAGAACCAAAUAUGAAGAACUCAAAUAAUGUCUGAAUGUACCUAUUUUUUAUACCCACUAGAUAUUUAUUUUACCACUAAUUCAAUGUGAUACAAUCCUUCUCAACUUCACAUUUGGGAAUCUUCUUUGAUCGCUAUGACGAAUAUAGCCGCGCUAUAUAGCCACGCUAUGACGUGGGCGGCACGGUGGCACAGUGGUUAGCACUGCUGCCUCACAGCGCCUGUAGACCCGGGUUCAAUUCCCGACUCAGGCGACUGACUGUGUGGAGUUUGCACGUUCUCCCCGUGUCUGCGUGGGUUUCCUCCGGGUGCUCCGGUUUCCUCCCACAGUCCAAAGAUGUGCGGGUCAGGUGAAUUGGCCAAGCUAAAUUGCCCGUAGUGUUAGGUAAGGGGUAAAUGUAGGGGUAUGGGUGGGUUGCGCUUCGGCGGGUCGGUGUGGACUUGUUGGGCCGAAGGGCCUGUUUCCACACUGUAAGUCUAAUCUAAUCUAAUAGGACAAGAUUCAAUAUCCAAUUUGUAGGCAGAGGAUACCAUUGAUUAGAGACAAAAAGAAAUUGCAGAUCCUAGAAUCCAAAGUAUUCAGGCAGGAGGCUGAAAGAACACAACAAGCCAGGCAGCAUCAGGAGGUGGAGAAGUUGACGUUUCAGGUGUAACCCUUCUUCAGGACUGUGCAUGAGUAUAAGGGGAGCUUUAGUUAAAGGGGGUUGGGGUGGCAGGGUGUUGAGGUGGGGAUAGGUGGAGACAGGUAGAGGGUAGGUCCUGGUUGGUCAAUAGGAGGGAUGAAUCCGGUUGGUGGCUGAGAGGAAAGGGAAGUGGAGUGGCUGGGAAGGGAGUCAGGGAAUGGGAAUAGAGGUUAUUUCAAAUUGGAGAACUCAAUCUUGAGUCCUAUAGGCUGUAGGAGAAAGUGACGACUGCAGAUGCUGGAGAUCAGAGCUGAAAAUGUGUUGCUGGAAAAGCGC